AUGGCGCCGGCGCUGAGCAGGACGCUGGGGGCGUCAUCGGUGGCCGCACUGCUGCCGAGCUCGUCGUCCCGGAGUCUUCCACGGGCCGCGCUCGUGCCGCAGGGCAGGGGCGCCGCCGCGAGGUGCGCGGUAGGGGUAAGAUGGGAGGCCGCGAGGCGGAGGAUGGUCGGGGUGAGGUGCGACGCCGCCGUCGCCGAGAAGCCUGCCGGCGAGGAGGAGACGGCCGGCGAGAAGUUCGAGUACCAGGCUGAGGUUAGCCGCUUGCUGGACUUAAUUGUACACAGUUUGUACAGCCACAAGGAAGUAUUUCUCCGUGAACUUGUAAGUAACGCGAGUGAUGCACUGGAUAAGCUGAGAUUCCUCAGUGUAACGGAUCCUUCUGUGUUGGCUGAUGGUGGUGACUUGGAGAUAAGGAUUAAACCUGACUCAGAGGCUGGGACACUCACUAUCACAGAUACUGGCAUUGGAAUGACUAAAGAUGAACUCAAAGACUGUCUUGGGACCAUUGCACAAAGUGGCACCUCAAAAUUUUUGAAGGCUCUAAAGGAGUCGGAGAACAAAGAUCUUGGUGCAGAUAAUGGACUUAUUGGUCAAUUUGGUGUGGGGUUCUAUUCGGCUUUCCUUGUUGCAGAGAGGGUUGUGGUGUCUACUAAAAGUCCAAAGGCAGAUAAUCAGUAUGUGUGGGAAGCAGAGGCUGACAGCAGCUCUUACGUAAUCAAGGAAGAAACUGAUCCUGAGAAAAUGCUGACACGUGGAACACAGAUUACUCUUUAUUUGAGAGAUGAUGACAAAUACGAGUUUGCUGACCCUGCGAGGAUUCAAGGCUUAGUUAAGAACUAUUCGCAGUUUGUCUCAUUCCCCAUAUAUACAUGGCAGGAGAAAUCAAGAACAGUUGAGGUUGAAGAGGAGGAAGAAUCAAAAGAAGGUGAAGAGGCUACUGAGGGUGAAAAGCAGAAAAAGAAGAAAACUAUAACCGAGAAAUACUGGGACUGGGAAUUGGCUAAUGAAACGAAGCCCAUAUGGAUGAGGAAUCCAAAGGAAGUUGAGAAAACUGAGUACAAUGAAUUCUACAAGAAGACAUUUAAUGAGUUUCUGGAUCCGCUUGCUUACACUCACUUCACCACAGAGGGAGAGGUGGAAUUUCGGAGUGUUCUCUAUGUCCCAGGGAUGGCACCUCUUAGUAAUGAGGAGAUAAUGAAUCCAAAGACCAAAAACAUCCGAUUGUAUGUCAAAAGAGUGUUCAUAUCAGAUGACUUUGAUGGCGAGCUGUUUCCCAGGUACUUGAGCUUUGUGAAAGGUGUAGUUGACUCAAAUGAUCUCCCUCUCAAUGUUUCUCGUGAGAUCCUUCAAGAAAGUAGAGUUGUCAGAAUUAUGCGUAAGAGACUUGUUAGGAAGACAUUUGACAUGAUUCAAGAGAUCGCCGAGAAGGAUGACAAAGAGGACUACAACAAAUUCUGGGAGAGCUUUGGCAAGUUCAUGAAGCUUGGUUGCAUUGAGGACACAGGAAACCACAAGCGUCUUGCACCAUUGCUGCGAUUCUACUCUUCUAAACAUGAGACAGACUUAAUAAGUCUGGAUCAAUAUGUAGAAAACAUGCCUGAAAACCAGAAGGCUAUCUAUUAUAUCGCUACUGAUAGUCUCCAGAGUGCGAAGACUGCUCCUUUCUUGGAAAAGCUGGUUCAGAAAGAUAUUGAAGUUCUUUACCUCAUUGAGCCAAUUGAUGAGGUUGCCAUUCAGAAUUUACAGACAUACAAAGAGAAGAAGUUUGUUGAUAUUAGCAAAGAAGAUUUGGAAUUGGGUGAUGAAGAUGAGGACAAGGAGAAAGAAAGCAAGCAGGAGUAUACCCUUCUAUGUGACUGGAUAAAGCAGCAGCUUGGUGAUAAAGUCGCCAAGGUCCAGAUCUCGAAGCGACUCAGCUCUUCUCCAUGCGUUCUUGUAUCUGGCAAAUUUGGCUGGUCAGCCAACAUGGAAAGGCUCAUGAAAGCACAGACACUUGGUGACACAUCAAGCCUGGAGUUCAUGAGAGGCAGACGAAUUUUUGAAAUCAACCCUGACCAUCCUAUCAUCAAGGAUCUAAGCGCUGCUUGCAAAAUCGAGCCUGAAAGUACUGAAGCCAAGAGGGCGGUUGAGUUGUUAUAUGAGGCUGCGCUGAUCUCCAGUGGGUAUACUCCUGACAGUCCAGCAGAGCUGGGAGGCAAGAUCUACGAGAUGAUGACCAUGGCCCUUGGCGGGAGAUGGGGAAGGUUGGAAACAGAGGAGGCUGAAGUCACCACCAGCAUUGACGCAGAUUCUUCUGAAGGUGCCACGACGGAGGUAGUCGAGCCCUCUGAAGUGAGGACAGAGAGCGACCCGUGGAAGGAUUAG